AUGAAGGGAGUAAGGCUAUUUGUCCUGCUGUCUAGUAUAUGGAGUGGGGGCUUUGGGCUUAAUGACACUACACAGACUUGGACUACAUCCGAGGAUGAAAACUCCCAGAAGAAUAUGACCUCUGCUUUGGUUCCUCUAAAUAAAAUACAAAGUCUCCAAAUGCUGCCAACCACUCAGAUCAUGUCAGCUGAGACAGCCAGUACUCCUGAGACAAGAACCUCUGAAGACAGUCUCCUGAAAUCAGCACUGCUUCCCUCCGACAAUAGCGCAUCUCCUGGGGGUGUGAGAAAUCUAUCCCUAACGUCCACAGAGAAGACAGAAGAAGGGGAGCUGAAGUUUCAAACUCUUGCCCUCCCGACUGAAUCUAGCAUCAAGUUCAGUCCUAGAGCAGAGUCAGUGGUCCUUUCCAACUCCACGCUGAAAUUUCUUCAGAGCUUUGUCAGAAAGUCAAAUAACCAAGUGAUUUCUCUAAACUCAGCUGGCUUUGUGGGAAAUCGAUCCCCACGGGAAACGUAUCUCAGCAGAGGUGACAGCAGUGAAAGCCAAAGAACCAACUAUCAAAAAUCAAGCUUUGAAACAACUAGAGGAAAGAAUUGGUGUGCUUAUGUACAUACCAGAUUAUCUCCCACAGUGAUACUGGACAACCAAGUCACUUAUGUUCCAAGUAGGGGAGGGCCCUGUGGCUGGAACAAUGGAUUCUGUCCUCAGAGAUCUCAGAGGACAUCAAAUCCUGUCCACAGGAUGCAACAUAAAAUUGUCACCUCUUUGGAAUGGAAGUGCUGUCCUGGGUUCAGUGGAGCAAAAUGUCAGCUAAAAGCCCAGGAACAGCAGCAUUUGCUACACACCAACCAGGCUGAGAGUCACGCAGCUGUUGGCGGAGCAAUAGCAGAGCAACUGCAGCAGCAAGACUGUUGUGACCCAGCAGUGACACAAAAAAUGACUGACCAGAUGAGUCAACAGGCAAUGAAACUGACCCUUCUGCAGAAGAAAAUUGACAAUAUUUCUUUGGCUGUAGCUGAUGUAAAGGACACGUACUCCUCCCUAGAAGAGAAAAUCAAUGAAGAUAAAGGCAGGGAAUUUCAAUCUUUUCUAAAAGGUCUAAAAUCCAAAAGCAUUAAUGAUCUGAUAAAGGACAUAGUGAGGCAACAAUUAAAAAAUUUCCAAAACGACAUGCAAGAGACCAUAGCACAGCUCUUCAAGACUAUAUCAAGACUAUCAGAAGACCUUGAAAACACCAAACAAAAAAUUCGACAAGUUAAUGAAUCCAUAGUUUCAACAGCAGUCCAAGAAAAGUCUAUUUUAAUUAAAAAAAAUAGGCCUACUUCGACUGAUAUACUAGAUCUAAAAAAUCGCAUUGUGGAUAUAAGGCAAGAAAUAACUUUGACAUGUAAGAAGCCUAUUAAAGAACUAGAAGCAAAGCAGACACAUUUAGAAGGUGCUCUAGAACGGGAACACUCAAGAAACAUUCUGUAUUAUGAAUCCCUCAAUAAGACUCUUUCUAAAAUGGAGGAAGUACAUGAACAGCUUUUAUCAAUAGAACAAGUAUCAGAUCAGAAGAGCGUUCCAGCUGCAGAAUCAGCUAGCGAUAAUGUCACUGAGUACCUGUCUAGUCUACAUGAGAAUGUAAAGAAGCAGGGUUUGAUGCUGCUGCAAAUAUUUGAUGAUUUGCACAUCCAAGACAGCAAAAUUAACAAUCUCACCAUCACUUUGGAAAUGGAGAAAGAAUCUGUCAGGGGUGAAUGUGAAGAUAUGUUGUCCAAGUACAGAAAUGACUUUAAAUUUCAAAUUAAGGACACAAAAGAGAAUUUACAAGUUUUAAACCAAACAAUGGCUGAGGUUCUCUUUCCCAUGGACAAUAAGAUGGAUAAAAUGAAUGAGCAACUAAAUGAUUUGACUUUCAAUAUGGAGAUCCUUCAGCCCUUGCUUGAGCAGGGAGCAUCAUUUAGAGAGACAAUGACAGAUGAACAAUCAAAAGAAGCAGUAGUUACAAGGAGAAAAGUGGAAAAUCUGAUCAGGGCAGUCAAUAAUCUAAAUAUUCUUAUCAAAGAACUUACAAAAAGAUACAAUUUACUUAGAAAUGAAGCACAGAGUCAAAGUGAUGCCUUAGAAAGACGUAUCAAUGAAUAUGCCUUAGAAACAGAAGAUGGCCUAAAUAAGACAAUGACUAUUAUAAAUAAUGCCAUUGAUUUCAUUCAAGAUAACUAUGUGUUAAAAGAGACUUUAAGUACAAUAAAGUAUAAUUCCAAGGUUCAUCACAUAUGUACCCAAAAUAUGGAAACCAUUUUGACAUUUAUUUCUCAAUUCCAGCGUUUGAAUGAUUCUAUUCAGAUUUUGGUCAAUGAUAAUCAGAAAUAUAACUUUGUUUUGCAAGUUGCCAAGGCCCUUGCAGAUAUUCCUAAAGAUGAAAAACUAAGUCAGUUCAACUUUCAAAAGAUUUAUCAAAUGGUCAAUGAAACCACUUCCCAAGUGAUAAAAUCCCAGGAAAAUAUAAGUCAUUUGGAGGAAAAAAUACUCUCGGCCACAAUGAGUUCCAAAGAUUUUGAAACUCGGUUGCAAGAUGUUGAGUCUAAAGUGACCAAGACUCUCAUACCUUAUUAUAUUUUACUAAAAGAAGGCAAUAUGCUCACAAAUGAGAGAGACCAGGCUCGUCAACUGCAGACAUUAAAUUCUAGAUUUAAGGCACUGGAAACAAAAUCCAUCUAUCUUUCAAUUAACUUCUCUUUACUUAACAAAACUGUCUAUGAAACUUUAACCAAGUGUCAUAAUGCUUCUACAAGUAUAUCGAAACUGAAUGCUACCAUACCUAAGUGGAUAAAUGGUUCCCUUCCAGAUACUCAGCUUCUUCAGAAAGGUCUGACAGAAUUUGCAGAAUCAUUAAUUAAAAUAAAAAUUCAAAUUGCCUUAUCUAAUUUAACUUUAUAUAUAAAUCAAUCAUUGUCUAGCAUUCUUGCCAACGUCAAACCUCAGAAGCAAGUAAAAUCAUUACUGAAGAAACCUAAUAUGCUUAAGAAACCAACAGUGAAUUUUACGACUGUCCUCAUAGGCCGGACCCAAAGAAACACAGACAACGUUCUAUUUCCUGAGGAAGCCUGCAGUAAAUCCCCAUGCCAGAACGGGGGCACAUGUAUAAAUGAAAGAGCUAGCUUUAUCUGUGCGUGCCGACAUCCUUUUACUGGUCACAACUGUACUAUCAAGCUGAUGGAAGAAAAUGCUUUAGCUCCAGAUUUUUCCAAAGGAUCUUACAGAUAUGCACCAAUGGUGGCAUUUUUUGUAUCUCAUACAUAUGGAAUGACUACACCUGGUCCUAUCCUAUUUAAUAAUUUGGAUGUCAAUUAUGGAGCUUCAUAUACUCCAAGAACUGGAAAAUUCAGAAUUCCAUAUCUUGGGGUGUAUGUUUUUAAGUAUACCAUUGAGUCAUUUAGUGCUCACAUCUCUGGAUUUUUAGUGGUUGAUGGAAGAGACAAGCUUGCAUUUGAAUCUGAAAAUAUUAACAGUGAAAUACACUGUGAUAGAGUUUUGACUGGGGAUGCCUUAUUAGAAUUAAAUUACGGGCAAGAAGUGUGGCUGCGACUUGUCAAAGGAACAAUUCCAGCCAAAUUUCCUCCUGCUACUACGUUUAGUGGUUACUUGUUAUACCGUACAUAA